GGGUUGAAUUUCCGUUGAUGUUUUGAUAAACUUUUAUAAAUGUAAUGUGUAUUAAUAUAUUAUUCUUACGUGGUAUACCGGCGGUAUACACGAUACUACUUUAACUAGAAAUUGGGAGAUCCCUCAAACCCAUCAGUUAUGACCGACGACUCCGCAAUCGCCGUUGUACCAUAGAGUAAGUUUUACUCUAUACGUUGGCACGUAGCACUCGCACAUACUGACGCUAUAAUAUCUUUGAGAAUGUUGUGCGUGCAUCUAUGAAAUGAAAGAUCGAUUAUGGAUCACGCAUGAAUGAUGUAGGUAUUGUAAUUUUUUGUGGUCAACAGUAACAGUCCACACUCCAUUUUUUGUCACCGAAAUAACACCAUCGUCUUAAAGCAGGCUGGUAAACCAGUUAUUUGUGCUACUCAAAUGUUCGAGUCUAUGAUCAAAAAACCCCGUGCAACUCAAGCAGAGUAUUCUGAUGUGGCAAAUGCCAUCCUCGAUGGAGCAGAUAGUGUGAUGCUAUCAGGGGAAACUGCCAAAGGGGCAUACCCUGUUAAGUGUGUACGUACUAUGGCUACCAUCUGUAAAGAAGCAGAGACAGCCGUUUGGCAGAGACAAUUAUUUGCUGACUUAACGUCUGCUGUCAAUUUGCCUUUGGAUGCUUCACACACAAUUGCUAUUUCUGCUGUAGAUGCAGCUAAUAAAAGUAAAGCUGCUGCCAUUGUUGUUCUUACAUCUUCUGGCCAUUCUGCACAUCGCAUUUCUAAAUAUCGCCCACCUUAAAA